UCUUCUGCAGUGUCACGUGGUGUGGUUUGUGUACAGUCGGGCUUGAGGCGUGCACACAAACUCCAUUUUGUUUCGUUUUAGCAUUCGACGUCUAUGGUGACAGACAGACAAGCACUCCGAAACCAACGUCAAGAAUCGCCGAUUUAAAAAUGAGCGGAUGUCGUAUAUUCAUCGGCCGGCUGAGCCCUUCUGCCAGAGAGAAGGAUGUGGAGCGAUUCUUCAAAGGUUACGGCCGCAUCCGGGACAUUGAUCUGAAGAGAGGCUUCGGCUUUGUGGAGUUUGAUGAUCCCAGAGAUGCAGAAGAUGCCGUGUAUGAGCUUGACGGUAAAGAACUUUGUAAUGAAAGGGUGACCAUAGAGCAUGCUCGUGUCCGUCUGCGGGGCGGCCGAGGAGGAGGAAGAGGAGGCAGCAGUGGUGGCGGCGGUGGCGGCGGAGGCCGCUUCUCGGAUCGUUACGGUCGAGGCUCUCAGAACAAUCGGAGUCGAAACCCGCCUCCGAUGCGCACUGAGAACCGUCUCAUAGUGGAGAACUUGUCCUCCCGUGUGAGCUGGCAGGACCUAAAAGAUUUCAUGAGGCAAGCUGGAGAGGUGACAUUUGCCGAUGCACAUCGACCUAAACUCAACGAAGGCGUGGUUGAGUUUGCCUCUUACAGCGACCUGCAAAACGCCCUUGAUAAACUGUCUGGAAAGGAAAUCAAUGGCAGGAAAAUCAAGCUCAUUGAGGCAGCCAAGAAGAGGUCCAGGAGUCGUUCCCAGUCGGACAGUUCCUCUCGCUCCCGCUCCCGUUCUCGUUCCCGUUCCCGCUCCCGUGAUCGCUCCCCAUCUGGCAGUCCCAGACGUUCCCGCAGCCCAGCCAAGACCCACAGUCGCUCCCGCAGCGGCUCCCACGCCGGCUCCCGCGGCGGCUCCCCCGUCGCCGACGCGCCCUCCCCGAACUCCAAGUCAGUGGACCCAGAUAAACAAACGAGCACGUCUGCAAGCCCCCCGCCUGCUCCUCCUCACGAGAAGGGCUCGGGCUCUCGCUCACGCUCUCGUUCACGCUCACCUUCCACUGAUAGCCAGCGCUAACAGCCGUCUGAAUUCUCGUUGGAGCCAUUUAAAUAGAGAAUACACUUGACGGGUUUUUCUUGCUGGCUCAACAAAAAUGUUUUGAUGAGGGGUAGUGUAUGUUUUUUUCCGUGUUUUUGAUACAUAGUGUGGCCUCCUACUUCUAACUUAUUUUAUUCGUUCUUCUGAGCCACAUUUCUCGUCUUCCCCACUGCCAUCUUCCUCGCUCUCCUCGAGCGUCGUCUGUCAGUCCGUUUUUCCUUUUUCCUGUAAUUCAACACGUAUAUCCUCCAUGCUAGUGUUUACUCAUCCAGUGCCAAUAGUUGAAAAAGGAAAUGUAUUUGGUGCCCAGGUGUUAAUGCUGCGCUAGUAAGACCAACCGAAAGUAUUCGACCCGCUAUUUGAAGGCCACGUGACGUCCAUUCGCCAUAUAGGAUUGUUUUACGUUACAUCUAUACCGUCUUUUAAUGUAUCGCAUACCGUACGCCCUCGCAUGUCGUCAUUCCUCACCAGCGGUCGUCAUAGGAACAAACCGGUGUGCAAGCAGACACCUUAAAGGGACGGAUGGUUUUGAUUGGUACACUCCAUAUUCACGUCAGGCCUUGUUAGACUUAAGUUGAGGUUGAGGUCAUUUCUGAGUGUUUUCUUUUUUUUAAAUGCACUUUCUCAAAGUAGUUUUUUUUUCUGUUUGUGUGAGUGUAAUGUACAGAAGUUUGGAACAAACUUUUGUAUGUGUGGGGUUUGUUUUGGGGGAAAAAAACAAAGAUUAUGUUAGACUCGCUCAUUAAAAUGGUUUUAACAAUGUUC